AUGGCCACCCCAACAGACCAAGGACGAGGAUUAGCAAAUGAAUCUUCUGCUGUAAAAGAAACGAAUGUUGGUGCAGCUGGAGCAGAAACGAACACUAAAACAACAAACACUGCCGCAGAACCAAAAGCGUCAGGAAAAGACUUAAAAGCUUUGAAAAAGGCUCAAAAACAGGCUUCUAGAAAAGCAAGAGCAGAUCAACAAAACGGUGAUGGAGGAAAAGGAAAGUCCGCGGAGGAGAAAAAACAAGAGCAUGUUUCGAAGGGAGGAAGCCAGCCUAAGAAGUCUUCAAAACAAAAUGCCAAAGGCUCCUCUCCAGCCAAAAAAGAAGAUCCCGCUGUUUUGGAACAAAAUUUUUUUGAAGAAAAACAAGUUUCGAUUUUCUCACAUCUGGACUGGCGACGCCGUAGGACAACGGAGAACAUGCCCAAGGACAUCCAUCCUGCAGUCAUUCGUUUAGGAUUAAAAUUAGCAAACUACAAGGUCAUCCGAGAUUACCAAACUCCAUAUGGAACGACUUUGAGCCGACACUUGACGACUCACAUCAAUUCGCAAAUAGCUUAUUUGGUCUCUACUCGUCCCCUUAGUAUCAGCAUGGGUAGUGCCAUUAGAUUUCUUAAACUGGAAAUUUCUGUGUUAGAUAUUGAUUUGACGGAAGAAGAAGGCAAAGAAGUAUUAUUAGAAAAGAUUGAUAACUUUAUUCGUGAUCGUAUCGUUAUUGCUGGUAAAGCCAUCGUUCAAGCUGCAGCCGAAAAGAUCCAGGAUGGAGAUGUUAUUUUGACUUAUUUGCACUCAUCUACGGUAAACGAUGUCUUAGUGUACGCAAAAAAUAUUGGAAAACAAUUUCGUGUAAUCGUAGUUGAUUCUCGUCCCGAGUUUGAAGGCAGAACCUGCUUAAAGCUGUUAUCAAGCCAUGGAAUUCCUUGUACCUAUGUAAUGAUUUCAGCUUUAGCAUAUACCAUGCAGGAAGUAACAAAGAUCUUUUUGGGCGGUCAUGCCAUGCUCUCCAACGGAGCUCUUUAUUCCCGUGCGGGUACUUCUUUAAUUGCCUUGCUUGGCAAGGAAGCAAACGUUCCUGUCAUCGCUUGUUGUGAAUCUUAUAAAUUUUCUGAACGCAUUCAAUUAGAUUCUUUAGUUUACAAUGAGCUUGCUCCUGGCGAUCAACUCAUCAAUACUUCAGUCGAUGAGAACCAAGAAAGGCUAAGCGAACUUUCUGACUGGCAUUCCGUCAAGAAUUUGAAACUUCUUAGUCUCAAGUACGAUGUAACCCCCCCUCGUUUAAUCACUGUUUGUGUCUGUGAAAUGGGUCUCCUACCCUCAACAUCUGUUCCGGCAAUCAUUAAUGAGUUUAAACAAGUUUAUGCUUAA